AUGGCCGCAUCACGAAGCCUACGGCAUCUCUCGUCCGUUAGGACAUCCCUCUCACCUGCCCCAACAUCCAACCUCUCCCUCCACUACCGCAGCUAUGCCACGACCGACAACGGUUCCGCCACCAACACACCGGGUAUCACCCGCCGGCGAAAGACUUCCUUCCAAGACAAACUAAAUGCCGGCCCCUCCUUCUCCGACUUCGUCUCUGGCGGAUCAGACAAUGCACCCCUUGAACCGGAAGAAGCCUACGCUCUCAAAAAGGCCAUGGUUGGCCCGGCCGGCCGCAAGAAGGAAAUGACCCGGCUUCCCGAGUGGCUCAAGACCCCCAUCCCGGACUCGAAGAACUACCAGCGCCUGAAGAAGGAUCUUCGGGGAUUGAAUCUCCACACCGUUUGUGAGGAGGCGCGAUGCCCCAAUAUCUCGGAUUGCUGGGGCGGAGGCGAUAAGGCGUCUGCAACCGCUACUAUCAUGCUUAUGGGUGAUGAGUGUACACGUGGAUGCCGAUUCUGCAGUGUUAAGACAAAUCGUGCACCUGCACCGCUGGAUCCGCACGAGCCGGAGAAUACUGCUGAGGCUAUCUCUAGAUGGGGACUCGGAUACGUGGUUUUGACCAGUGUGGACCGUGAUGACCUGGCGGAUGGAGGUGCGCAUCACUUCGCUGAGACUGUGAUCAAGAUCAAGUCUAAGGCGCCGAAUAUUUUGGUCGAAUGUUUGACUGGUGAUUACCGUGGGGAUUUGGAGAUGGCCAAGGUGGUUGCGCGGAGUGGAUUGGACGUUUAUGCGCACAAUGUUGAAACUGUUGAGGCCUUGACUCCUCAUGUGCGUGAUCGUCGCGCUACUUUCCAGCAGUCGAUUCGAGUGCUGGAGGCUGCUAAGUCUGCCCGGCCUGAUCUGAUCACCAAGACCAGUCUCAUGCUGGGUCUUGGUGAGACGGAUGAGCAGCUCUGGGAUGCGCUGCGCCAGUUGCGUGCUGUCAAUGUUGAUGUUGUCACAUUUGGCCAGUAUAUGCGUCCUACCAAGCGGCAUAUGGCUGUUCAUGAGUACGUUACACCCGAUCGGUUCGAGGCUUGGCGCCAGCGCGCACUGGAUAUGGGUUUCUUGUACUGUGCUUCUGGACCAUUGGUUCGCAGCAGUUACAAGGCCGGCGAGGCUUUCAUUGAGAAUGUGUUGAAGAAGCGCCGUGCUGGAUCUGGAGCCGCAACUACAGAGCAGACUGUUGAGCAGCCUGUCUCUCAGGCUGGCGAGGCGACUCGCUAG